UACAAGUCAAAUUUUUGAGAGAUAAAAUUUACAGGGACUGUUUUUCUCACGAUUAUAAUAAUGCAGACAAUCACAACCCUCGUUGCACUUCUAUUUCUGUUCAGCAGAGAUUUACAUGUACAAUCUACAACCAUAAAGCCUCCAGCCCCAGAUGUAACAGUGACCUCUACAGAUAUAGCACCUACAGAAUCAGAGUGUAUAGACGCUAAGGAUGUUGACUGCAUACUUUAUAACCCAAAGAUUAUAUGUAACGACACGAGCAUCUACUAUCCAUGGGCCAGAGUCAGAUGUCCAUAUUACUGUGGAUUUUGCCAUCGUCCAACAUUAACAAUUCUUUGUAAAGACGAAAUCCCAACAUGUCGGGACUACAGCGCAGACCUGUGUACAAACCCUUUAUACAGAAUCUUCAGGGAAAGGAAAUGUAGAAAAUACUGUGGAAUACGUAAAGAUGAUGAUCCAAAACCCAGACAAAAGAAAAAAAGAGGAAGAGAAAAGAGAGGUUCUGAUAUGGGCGAUGACGACUCUAACCCUUGUGAUAUUGGCGAUGAUUAUUCGUACAACAAAGAACACUCAGAGAGUG